UCGCCAUCCGCCCAUCCCCCCAUCCCCACUCUACCUGCCCCGGCUGCCCCCAUCCACCCGUAGUCCCGUGCCCCUGGUUGUUUCCGGCGUAUCCUGCAGCCGCGCCCGGACUCGCCGGCGGCCACCCGUCUCCGGUCACGAAUCGUCGCCGGCAUCACCCGCCCCAUCUCAGCCCGUCGCCGGUGUCUUCAUUUUCAGCCCUUGUCAAAAGGACAGAAAAGCGUGUGUUAGUUUAAAUGGCUUCGAAGCUCCAAGCCUUUUGGAACCAUCCUGCUGGCCCCAAAACCAUUCAUUUCUGGGCUCCAACAUUCAAAUGGGGUAUCAGCAUCGCCAACAUUGCAGACUUUGCGAAACCACCUGAAAAGAUAUCCUAUCCUCAGCAAGUUGCUGUGGCUUGUACUGGUGUCGUUUGGUCACGCUACAGCAUGGUUAUUACACCGAAAAAUUGGAACCUGUUCAGUGUGAACGUUGCAAUGGCGGGUACAGGCUUGUAUCAGCUUUCACGCAAAAUAAGGCAAGACUACUUUUCUGAUGAGAAGGAAACCGCACCGUCGCUUGAAGGAUGAUGAGGGAUGCCGCUGCCCAGCAUGAAGGAUGAUGACGAUAGACAAGAAUAAUCGAUUGAGAAGAGCAACACACAGCUUGGGAUCCAAGAUAGGAAUCCAUUGUUUCUUCUGCGCUCAUGACCACCCUGGUGGGAAAAUCCACCCCGAAAAAUAAGUGUAGGAAUGCACAGUAAUAAUCUUCCAUGCAUCUGUGAAACAUCAUGCGGAUGCAGGAAACAACCCUGUAUGUUUUCUUCCUCUGCUGCCCGGUCAAUCCAAAUUUUGGAACACUUCAUUUUCUGCUAGCUCUUGCAA